UACGUAGCGGCCAUCACCGAUAUAUCCUUUCUGGACAGCUCUGCAUCCUCCUACCCUCUACCAACAACAUUUAUAUUCAUUAUGCUCAUCGCUGCGUUUGGACCUGAAAUUCCGUAUCCUGCUUACGGCGUCGGUACGGCAUUGUUCAAAAAGGACAAAAAUUCCGGCCUCAAUCCUCAAGUCAUUGAGUCUGUAAAGACUGCUGUAGAAGCAGGUUUCCGUCAUUUGGACUGUGCUCAAGUGUACGGUAACGAGGAAGAAGUGGGAAUGGCUCUUAAAGAAAUUGAUAUUCCUCGGGAAAAGCUUUUUAUUACUUCAAAAGUGUUUGAUGACAUAGGCGACAUUCACGAGGCCUUGGGAGUCUCGUUGCGUAACAUUGGUGUUGAUUAUCUUGACCUGUUUCUUCUCCACACUCCUCUACCCUUCUACGAAAAGAAUGUGUCAUUUGAAAAAGCUUGGUCGGAACUCGAGAGUGAGCUUGGACAGGGUCGUGUGCAUGCAAUCGGGGUUUCUAACUUCCGUAUUAAGGAUUUAGAGCCAUUGCUACACAUUGCAGCCGUCAAACCUCGUGUCAACCAAAUUGAAUUUCAUCCUCAGGUUUUCAAAGCUGCAAAACCGAUUUUGGACUUCUGCAAGAAAAACAACAUCAUUGUGGAAGGUUACGGACCAUUGUCUCCGAUAGUUCGUGACUCUGAGGGUCCUACUGCUCAGAAAGUCCGCGAAUUAGCCAAGAAGUACGGUGUGUCUGACACGGAAAUCCUGCUCAAUUGGUGCAAGUCUUUCGGCGUGUUGCCAAUUACAACUUCGAGCAAGCGUGAGCGCAUGGCUACGUGUUUGAAGUUUGAAAAAUUCAAACUUGAGCAGGCCGACAUUGAUGCUCUUACUGAGCUCGGUGUAGCUCAUCACAAACGCAUAUUUAUGCAACACAUGGAUGAAGAUUAAACGACUUUUAUGAGGCUAUAAUGACCUUUUUUGUAAUGAAUGAUAUCAGACUUUUUGACUUGUUAAAAGAAUCAAAGAAU